AUGCUAGCUAAGCACGGUCAAGACAUAGACGGGACGGACGGCCAGAAACGACCAUCCCACUACACGGAGGAUCCAUCCCAUGACAAGCGCAGAAAGCAAAUGUCCCGGGAUAGAGGUCUAGACACUCAGCAGCUUGUUGAUCUGAUCAACAAUGAGCCAAUGGGAAGGAGCCACUUGAUCCAGGAAGAUAGGAUCAAGGAGGAGAUGCUCAUCCUCAACGAACCAAUCACGUUCAGCUACCCAGCAGCUUGGGGAAUGGACCAAUGGGAAGGUAACCUUCGGGGAAGGUUAUGCUGGCAGAUCUCUUUUGUGUGUAAGAUUGUGAUGGGUAACCUUCGGGGAAGGUUAUGCCGUCAGAUCUUGUUUAUGCAGGCCCAUAUGUUGAGUAUGACUCCGAUGUGGAAAGAUCACGGACGGCUGAGCCGCCAGAUCUUUCGAGGUUCGUGUGGGUACUCUUCCGAGGCAAGGGAAGCUCUGCCGCAGAACCGAGGGUGUAGUCAAGCGCAUUCUCGCACGUCAGAGCCCAACCGGAUUGGCAGCGUGGAGGCUGUGCAUGAAGGGAGGAAGACUCGGAGGAUAACCUGGUCAGCUGCCUUGGCCGAGUAUGGUACCAUAUGA